UUUCUCGCUCAUCUCACACCGCCGCACUGCGGCCGCCUCAGCUUCCGCGCCACGCCACGGUCAACCCCGCCCCGCCGCCCUUGGCUCGCCGGGAGUCGCCGCGCCGCAGGGGCGGGCCGGACCGGCGGCAGGCGGCGCUGCGAGCCGCGCCCGCGGCCUCCCGCCCGCCUUUGCUUUCCCGGUGGCGCCGAAAUCAAACUUCGUCGCUGGCCCGUGCAGGAGGCGACAUGUCCAAGAAAAAAGGUCUGAGCUUUGAGGAGAAGAGAAGUCGCAUGAUGGAGAUCUUUUUUGAAACGAAAGAUGUAUUCCAGUUGAAGGACAUAGAGAAGAUUGCUCCAAAAGAAAAAGGAAUUACCUCAAUGUCAGUGAAGGAGAUUCUGCAAAGCUUGGUUGAUGACGGCAUGGUGGACACUGAUAGAAUUGGAACCUCCAAUUAUUUCUGGGCUUUUCCAAGUAAAGCUCUUCACGCCAGGAAGCGUAAAUUGGAGGAAUUGGAGUCUCAGUUUGCUGAAAGCACUCAGAAGAAAGAGGCUUUACAAAAAAGCAUUGAGAAAUCAAAAACAGGACGUGAAGACACUACGGAACGUGCAGCACUAGUAGAAGAACUUGCUGCUCUUCGGCAGAAAAAGGAGCAGCUGAAGGCAGAAAUAGACAAAUACAGGGAAUGCGAUCCAGACGUCGUUGAAGAAAUGCGCCAAACAAACAGAAUAGCCAAGGAGGCAGCCAAUAGAUGGACUGAUAACAUCUUUUCAGUAAAGUCCUGGGCCAAACGUAAAUUUGGAUGUGAAGAGAGCAGAAUUGACAAAAGUUUUGGAAUCCCAGAAGAUUUGGAUUACAUUGAUUAGCAUUCAUCAGUUGAUGGCUGACACAGUUUGUACAUAGCUUGUUAAAUAUUCCCAGAUGGCAUUUAAAUGCUUGUCUGAGUCCUCUAUAAAGAAGUGACCACCCUUUACUUUGCAAGUUUUGUUAAAGUUAAUAAAAUUCUAAAAAUA